CAUUGAACAUUAUAACACAAAUAUAUCAUUUUAGGAUACUUCACUUCAAGUGACUUUGCCGAAUGGAGUUGUUCAAGGUAAAAUGAAAUUGACAAGAUAUCAGAAACUACAUUACCUAUCAUUUCACGGUAUACCAUAUGCUUUGCCUCCAGUAGGAAACCUCCGUUUCAGGUCACCCGUUCCAUCGAGUAAUUGGAGCGGAGUGUUGGAUGCAUCUUCAUCGGAUAUUACGUCCUGUAUCCAGAUAACCCCCACAUUGUUCAAUAAGUUCGUAGAAUCCGAAGACUGUUUGUACGUUAACGUUUUCACUCCAGUGAAAUCUGUACGCAAGGAGAGUCCCCCCCUUCCAGUUAUGGUAUGGAUAUAUGGAGGUGGUUUUCUAAUUGGGGUAGCCGAUUCUUCGUACUUUGGUCCCGAUAAUCUAUUGGAAGAAGGUGUUAUUGUUGUACAAGUUUCCUACCGAUUGGGAUCUUUCGGUUUCUUGAGUACCGAAGAUAUGGCCUCUCCUGGAAAUUACGGAUUGAAGGACCAACAUCUUGCCCUACGUUGGGUGAAAAAUAAUAUUGGUUAUUUCGGUGGCGACCCAGAGAGAACAACAAUAUUUGGUGAGAGUGCUGGAGGUGUCUCAGUACAGUAUCAGAUGAUGUACAUGAAAAACGAAGGUCUAAUUCAAGGAGCAAUUUCGGAAAGUGGGAGUGCCUUAUGUUCCUGGGGAUAUCAGAGGUAUCCUAAAAAAAUUGCACAAGAUUUAGGAAUGGCAGCUGGAGUCAAUACAACUGAUUCUACUGUAUUGAUAGAUUAUUUGAGGAACCUACCAACCGGCGAACUGAAAGGCGCAACAAUCAAAGUUUCUGUAACGAAUAGUUUCGGAAUUGUGAAUGGAAUACCAUUCGCUCCAACAAUAGAACCAGUACACGAAGAUGCUUUUAUAUCGAAUAAAAGUCACCAACUACUAGAAGAAAAACAAUACUUAAAUGUUCCAUACAUCAUCGGAUUCAAUACUGAAGAAAUUUCGAUACUGAAACCAGCAUUAACUAUGGCUCUUCCAUUCUUACGAAUAUUCGAUAUCGAUCCAAGGAUAAUUGCUCCGAGUGGCACUAAUAAAGGAAAUAUAGAAGAGGUCGGAAAUGAAAUAAAAAGAUUCUAUUUUGGUAACAAUCAGUUCAUCUCUGAUCAGUAUUUAGAGUACAUAAAUGAUGCCUACUUUUUCCGUCCCAUAAUGGAAAGUGCUCGAUUAUUCAAUCAGAGGACUCCUACUUAUUUGUACGUUUUCACAUAUGAAGGUUCGAGAGGAAGAAAUGCUCUGGGAUAUAGAAAAGUUGGUGAUUAUAAAGGGACGCUACAUGCAGAAGAGAUGGCCUAUAUUUGGACAAGAAAUGAUUUACCAGAACCAAAUAACAGAGACAAAUUGAUGUCGACACGCAUGGUCAAGUUGUGGACCAACUUUGCGAAAACGGGGAAUCCAACACCAAACCAAGAGAGUAUCACUGAAAAUAUUAUUUGGCCAACAGUUUCAGACAGCAUGACUUACUUGGAUAUUGGCAGAACUUUCAGCGUGAAACAAAAUUUCAAAAAUGACUCUAUGGCUUUCUGGAAUUAUAUUUAUAACAAUUAUGGUACUCCACCAUACGAUACGUAUUGAAGACAAGAAUCAACAAUAUAAAUGAAUUUGCA